AUGACCAUAACGUCGGGAGUGAAACCUGGGCCAAUAAACAAGAAGGUCAUCACCAGACCAAGACUCACCCGACUGGAAGGAGGAAUCAGAAGUACACUCUACAAGGGCUUGGUUGGGGACCCCCUUGACAUGUCUUUGGUGCAGAUUGAAGUCACAUUCAAAGACUUUGCAAUCACAGAGAAACCUUUAGUGGCAACUAUGGGCAUAUGUGAAGAGAAGACCCUUGUAGAGACAGCAUUUGGCUUGGCGCAGAAGGGGAGUGUACUCUCUUACCAGCAGCCUAUAAUGCCAACAAAGUCGGUCAACAUGCACCAAGAUUAUCCAUGUUACCAACCACUGCCUCUUGGUGAGUACAGGCUUGACCCUACAAAAUGCGUGCAUGUGUGCACUGAGGAGGAGCAUUUCCACCUUAAGAGCAUGAUGAUCACACUGGACAUGGCCUAUCAGAUUGAGGCUGCCACAAGAGAGCAAGCAGCAGAACAGGAGUGGCAUCAGCUACGUAGGCAUAGAAUUACCUCUUCACGUUUCAGAGAGGUGUGUUUUGUCAGGGGAGUGAGUUCUGCAGAGUCUCUUGCGGAAAGAAUCCUCAAAGGAACAAAGCAGACUGCUGAAAUGAAAAGAGGUGCAGAGAUGGAGUCUGAAGCUGCUGUUGAGUACUCCAAAAUGAAAAAUGUUAACUACAGACCCUGCGGCCUCAUCAUUCACCCUGAUGCUCCUUGGCUUGGUGCCUCACCAGAUGGCUUGAUUUACGAUCCGUCCACACAGCCCUCUUUUGGAGUGGUCGAGAUCAAGUGCCCUAACGAGCUACGUGGACUGUAAGUAUAUUCAAAUGCAGCAUGGCAUUUCAGCACUCCGUGAAAGCCACUCCUAUUUCUGGCAGAUCCAAGGUCAACUGUUGAUCACUGGCCUGCAGUGGUGCGAUUUUGUUGUCUGUGCCCAGGAAGAUAUGAUGGUGCAGCGAAUAUAUGCUGACCCGAAGGUAACAGUAGCUAUCAGAGAGAGGGUGGACCAGUUUUAUUUUAAUGUGUAUAUGCCAAAGUACCUGUCCUUCUGCAAAAGGGUGUAACGAUUGAUGCAGGAUAAUGCAAUUGAGCACAAAAUAUUUUGAAGAAUGCUGGAAACCAGAUAGUUGACUGUAGACAUUCACUUCCAUAGUAUUUUUUCCUUACAUAGAAGUCAAAGGCUACAGUCAACUGCCUGGUUACCAGUAUUCAAAAUAUUUUAUUUUGGGUCCAACAGCAGAAAUAAACUCA